CCCGGAGCGGACCUCGACGUCAUCAAAUCCGUCACCGUUUACACCGACUCGCAAUCCUCCGCCCAGCACUCGCUCGGUGCCGAUCAGCUCGGAGACGUGUACAACGGGGACGCCAAGCAGGUGCACUUGGUUCCAGACGGACACGGCCACAACGCGGUGGACCAGUUGCAUCUCCCGUCCGGUGACAACGAUGCCCCGGGCUCAGAAGAUGGCAACCAUAUCAUAACGCACGACCACUCCAACAGCCAGCACAACACUACUGACGACAGUUUGGAAGUUAUUAAAAGCGUGCGGGUCGCGGAUUUCCUCUCGUCCGUGGAAUACCCGCCCGAAGUCAUACAGUCGCCUUAUAUCGACUUGACUCCCCCUCCGUCCGGAAACAAGGACCAAUACAGCACCACUUUCAAUCACGCCUACAGUAGCAAUAUUUCCCCUCACGAGGAAAUAAUAGUGGGAAAACCGGCCGUGAACAAUGGUGAUAAUAGGAACACGUUCCAACAAGCCAGUGCCUCAGAGAACUCGCCGCCAAUUAAAGAGCAAUUACAGCACCAUUUAGAAUCGAAUCAUCCGCCGUCUGGUGGAGCGCUAGGGCCUUCACUGAACGAAUCCAGCGCAGCCUCUCAGACGUAUCAUUCAACACACUCGAACCAUCAUUUCGGAACCGAUCAAAAGCCAAGCAGCACGAAUAAAGACGUUGUGAACGGCCCAUCUGCAUCAAGUCAUUCGUCUCAUUUGCACGACCUAAACCUUUCAGGAAAUAAUUUGUACUCGAGUGGAAGUCUACCCGGAUCUAUCAUCAGAAACGAGGAACAUCCAUCUCAAGGCUUAUCUAAAAACAUAUCUUCGUCCACGCGCUCACCACUGGAAAUCCACUCGCAAUCUCAAGAUCACGUGCACGUGAUUACAGGCAACGAGGACAGACAACCUUCCCAGAGCGUGCUGCACACGGGCCAGGGCAUUCAGGUGCCCACGGCGCCGCACGGCCUGUCCGCGCCGGGCACUCAGGGCGUUCUCAUGUCACCGGGCGUACAAAGCACGUCCGCCCCGCAACACGUCGCAGGCACCCAGGGCACUCAGAGCUCCGUGAUCGUCGACAUCCAGCCCUCCCUCCAAACGUCCGCUCAAGGCGCUUCGCUCAUUUACCAAAUCAACGGCUUGAACACUCCCCCGUCGCAGUUCCAGCACGCCUACCCGAACACGCCAGCGCAAACGUCGGUGUUCGUCUCUUUCCAACACGCUCCGCAGAAACCCUUCAAUUACCCGCCGCCGAGCUUGCUGAACCAGCAGCUGCCGCCUCCGGCUCCAUUCCAGAACACUUUCCACCAGCCGCCGCCGGCCGCCUCCGCGCCCUUCGCAGCCUUCCAAACGCCUCCCCCGCCGCCGCCCCCGGCCUACCAGCCCGCCUUCCCGCCCGACGCGCC